AUGGUGCUGAAUAAGUAUAAUAAUACAGCAGAGGCGUUUGUUGGUAAGAAAGUCAACAACGCAGUCAUCACAUUUCCGGUUUAUUUCAAUGACUCACAGCGACAGGCAACAAUAAACGCGGGCACAAUUGCAGGCAUCAAUGUGCUCAGAAUAAUUAUUGAGCCAACAGCAGCAAUAGCAUAUGGACAAGACAAGAAAACAGAGAGAGAAAAGAACUUGAUCUUUGAUUUUGAAUUUGGAACAUUUGAUAUGUCACUUAUUGUAAUUGAUUAUAAUGUCUUUGAAGUUAAGGCAACAGACGGCAACACACAUAUUGGUAUUAAAGACUUUGAUUAA